GGGUGUCUCCCCCUCAGGUGGACUCGGAGGCUGCAUGGAGGAGGUGGCCAGCCUCCCUCCCUCUCUCUCCCAGGCUGCAGUGCGCACUAGGGGGAGGAGGAGGAGGUGUACCAGCACUCGGGCCGCCGCCGAUUCGCCGAUCUCCUUCUCGCCAUGUUGCCGUGAGUCGGGCCUGCAGCUCCCGGCCUCCGUAUAUGCGUCCCGACCCUCGCUCUGGAGCUGUCACCGAGCCAGGCGGUGCCUAUGUGGAAUGAACAUUCCAUGUGUCGUCGGCAUGAAUGAAGUGGCUUGGCAAGAGGCGAGAGGAAUGAUGCAUACGAGCAACGGGCAGGAAGCACUUGGGGUGGGGAUGGUCCCCUCUGGAGGAGCAGCGUCGGGGCCCAUUGGAAACCACCCACAUGGCAUGCCUCCCGGGGCUUCCAUCGCGCAGGUGCCCCUGAGCGGCCGCUCUCAAGAUGAUGCCACGGUGGGAUAUUUCUUCCAGAGGCAAGCUGGAGAACAGGUGAACGGCUACACCAAUAAGCACCGCUGGCCAACAGGGGAUAGCGUAGAGGCUUCGGUGAGGUCUGCGGAUGACAUGAAUCAUGACUUCCAGGCUCUGGCUUUGGAAUCUCGAGGAAUGGGAGAGCUUUUACCAGCCAAAAAGUUUUGGGAGGCUGACGACCCGGCUAAGGAUGGACAGAAAGGGAUGUACCUUCCGGAUGAAUGGCGGGAGAACACGUGGGGAGCAUCACACCAUUCCAUGUCCCAGCCAAUCAUGGUACAGAGGAGACCCGGACACGGCUUUCAGGGAAACCACGAUGCCAACUCCGUGCUGUCUCCCCGCUCUGAGAGUGGCGGCCUGGGAGUCAGCAUGGUGGAGUAUGUCCUGAGCUCGUCGCCUGCAGAUAAACUUGACCCACGGUUUCGGAAAGGACCCUAUGGUGCUAGAGAUUGUGAAUUAGAUGGACCAGAGAAAGGGGAGCAAAAAGGAAAAGCUCCUUCAUUCGAAGAGGAAAAGAAGUGGGAUUUAAUUUCUGCUGAUGGUGACGAGGUCUCCAAGCUGAACGGCAGGGGACUUCCUAAUGGAAUUGACGCAGACUGCAAAGAUUUCAACCGUACUCCAGGAAGCCGCCAAGCCUCUCCCACAGAGAUAGCAGAAAGAAUUGGCCCGAACCAGAAUGUUACUGAGGGACUAGGACAGCUUUCAAACUCCAUGGUCAACAAGCCCCUGACAGAUGAGUUUGGAAGCCCGGAAAGCCAGAACCUGGAUGGCAUGGAACAAGUCGGACUGGAUUCUUUGCAGUUUGACUAUCCCGGGAAUCCGCUACCGAUGGACUCUGCCGGAGCGAAUGUUGGGCUGUUUGACUAUAGCACCCAGCAACAGCUCUUUCAGAGACCCAAUGCUUUAACAAUGCAGCAAUUAAAUGCAGCCCAGCAGCAGCAGCAACAACAACAGUAUGCUCUAGCAGCAGCGCAGCAGUCCCACUUAGCGGGUAUGUUUUCAGCAGGUCUGGCUCCAGCUGCCUUUAUGCCAAACCCUUAUAUCAUCAGCACUGCCCACCCUGGCACAGAUCCGUACACCGCGGCUGGCCUCGCUGCAGCUGCAUCCUUAGGAGGUACGUACACUUUAGGACCUGCAGUUGUCCCACCACAAUAUUACGGCGUUCCAUGGGGAGUAUACCCAGCUGGAUUAUUCCAGCAGCAAGCCGCCGCCGCAGCCUCCGCCGCAAACAGCAACAACCAGCAGGCGGCAUCACAAGCAUCCCAGGGUCAGCAACAGGUUAUGCGGGCAGCAGCCAACCAGCGUCCGCUUACACCCAGCCAGGGCCAGCAGGGACAGCAGAACGACUCGCUUGCCGCCGCAAACUCCGCCCUGGCGUUUGGACAGGGUCUGGCCACUAGCAUGUCAGGCUACCAAGUCCUCACACCCACUGCCUAUUACGAUCAAAACGGUGCCUUGGUGGUUGGCCCCGGAGGGAGAGCAGGGCUUGCGGCCCAAGUACGUCUAGUGGCGUCCACCCCAGUCCUCAUCAGCCCUGCAGCUGCACAGGCUGCUGCUGCAGCAUCCGCCUCUGGCGCCAACAGCCUUACAGCAGCCACAAACGGCAUCUUCCGCCCCAUGGCCCCCCAACAGCAGCAAGCACAGCAGCAGUCGCAGCCCAACUCCAACCUCCAUUCCAGUUCAUUCUAUGGGAAUAACUCUCUGACCAACAGCUCUCAGAGCAGCUCUUUGUUCUCGCAUGGGCCUGGUGGGCAGCCCGGAAACACAUCUCUUGGCUUCAACAGCAACAACUCUCUGGGAGCAGCUAUCGGCUCGGCGUUCGGCAGCUUUGGCUCAUCAGUUGGCAAUUCCGCAGGUAGUAGUGGCUCAAGGAGAGAUUCCCUGACUGCUAGCUCUGACUUGUACAAAAGGUCUAGCAGCAGCCUAGCGGCCAUAGUGCAGCCGUUUUACAAUAGCCUGGGAUUCUCCUCCUCUCCAAGUCCAAUAGGCAUGCCUCUUCCAAGCCAAACGCCCGGACAUUCACUAACGCCUCCGCCAUCACUAUCAUCACAUGGAUCUUCAUCCAGUUUGCAUUUAGGGGGUCUGACAAAUGGCAGCGGGCGCUAUAUUUCUGCAGCCCCUGGAGCAGAGGCCAAGUAUCGUAGCGCAGCCAGCGGAUCCAGUUUUUUCAGUUCCAGUAGCCAGCUCUUCCCGCCCUCGCGCCUUCGAUACAACAGGUCAGACAUCAUGCCCUCCGGGCGUAGCAGGUUAUUAGAAGACUUCCGCAACAACCGCUUCCCCAGCCUACAGCUCAGGGAUCUCAUUGGGCACAUUGUUGAAUUCUCCCAAGACCAGCACGGAUCCAGGUUCAUACAGCAGAAGCUAGAACGGGCCACGCCGGCCGAGCGCCAGGUGGUGUUCAGCGAGAUCCUGCAGGCCGCCUAUCAGCUGAUGACUGAUGUUUUCGGGAAUUAUGUCAUUCAAAAGUUUUUUGAAUUCGGCAGCAUGGAUCAGAAGCUGGCGUUGGCGACACGUAUACGGGGGCAUGUGCUUCCUCUAGCAUUACAGAUGUACGGAUGCAGGGUCAUUCAGAAGGCUCUUGAAUCCAUAUCUCCGGAUCAGCAGAGCGAGAUGGUGAAGGAGCUGGACGGACAUGUGCUGAAGUGUGUGAAGGAUCAGAACGGGAACCACGUGGUGCAGAAAUGUAUUGAGUGUGUCCAGCCGCAGGCCCUACAGUUCAUUAUCGAUGCCUUCAAAGGACAGGUGUAUGUACUUUCAACUCAUCCUUAUGGCUGCAGAGUCAUACAGCGUAUUCUGGAGCACUGUACAACUGAGCAGACCUUGCCUAUCCUGGAUGAAUUGCAUCAGAGCACAGAGCAGCUGGUGCAGGACCAGUAUGGGAAUUAUGUCAUCCAGCACGUGCUGGAACAUGGUCGAUCAGAAGACAAGAGCAAGAUUGUGUCUGAAAUAAGAGGAAAGGUUCUAGCAUUAAGUCAGCACAAGUUUGCCAGUAAUGUUGUGGAGAAAUGCGUCACCCACUCGUCCCGUGCUGAGAGAGCCCUGUUGAUCGAUGAGGUCUGCUGCCAAAACGAUGGACCUCACAGUGCCUUAUACACCAUGAUGAAGGACCAGUAUGCAAACUACGUGGUGCAGAAGAUGAUUGACAUGGCUGAAUCCGCCCAGCGCAAAAUCAUCAUGCAUAAGAUCCGACCACACAUCACAACGCUACGUAAAUAUACGUACGGGAAACAUAUACUGGCCAAGCUGGAGAAGUAUUACAUGAAGACCAGCACUGAUUUGGGGCCAAUGAUCGGGCCCUCAAACGGAAUGCUCUAGGGAAGGUCUGCAAAGGGGAAUACAAUGUGUUUCGACAACGCUUCUUGUGUAUGAGGAACCAUCCCAACCCUCCCGCCUCACUUUCUAUCCCAGCACCUGAUGUGUACCAUGCUAUUUAUUUGUUCUCCCACUUGAAAUCUCACUGUGGCUCUGAUAAACAUUUCAGGGCCCCCCUCUAACUGCGGCGGAAGUCUUACCCAAUUAUCUCACUAGUAGAAAACCAGAGCCUGUAAAUGAUGUAAGUGUAUCAAACUGUCACAUAUUUUGUACAUUUUUACCUUGUAAAGUUCUGUAAAAAGUGGUAGUUUUUAAAGGGAAAAAAAAAAGUAUUUUAAUACACUGGUUUGCCAGUUGGGUGAGUCUCCCGUCAUCGGAGCAUGGAGGGUUCAUUUGUAAAUAGAUUUCUAGUCUUACUUUGUUUGCAUAUUAUACAUUUUUUUUAUACGUUUUAAAGUACCUUUCCACGGGAAGGCCGAUUGGCUGUGGGCACAUAAAGACAGUAUACCAGUCACUGACACACAGUAGUCUAGACAAGUUUUUCAGGCCGAACCAACCUUUAGGAGGAGGCAGCCAGGUUCCAGUUGAUAGGUCGACAACAUAUGGUCGACGUGCAUUAGGUCGAUACGGUGAAAUGGUCGUCUGCUAAAAGGUAGGCAGUGAUUAAAGUCGACAGGUUCAAAAGGUUGACAUGAUAAUGGUCGACACAAGUUUUAUUUUUAAGGGGGUUGUUUUUUUUUUGUUUUUUUUAUACGUUUCCCAACUUUUGCUUUUAUUUACUAUCCACGUGGACUACAAUUGGGAAUAGUAACCUGUGGUGAGCGCAGCAAGCCACCUUGCACAAAGCGUGGCGAGUGAAUGUAACCGCUGAUUGUGGUCACAUAUGAUGAAACACCCAAAAUUGUGUUGACCAUUUUUGUGUCGACUUUUUGACCCUGUCGAGCUAGUGACUGACUACCUAUUUACUGUAGAUCUCGUAUACCGCACUCAUGCAGCCUGCCUGUUCACUAGGGACCAGUGACGUCAUGGUGGGGCACACGUUGUGUGUGCUGAACCGGCGCUCAUGAGGAAGCGUUCCCUAUCUGUUCUCUACGGAAGAGUGAUGUCACAGCGCCAUGGUACGCAGAGUGCCUUCUACCUCAGUCGUGUGACUGUUUUACGGUGAAUUGUGUCAGUUUCCUCGUGAAAUAGCGCCUCGUGCCUCAAUGUCACUGGCUUCUAAUUAAUUGAUAGGCUGCCUUCUCGCGGCCACAGAAUGGCUGCCUAUGCCACGUUAUAGACUUCCUCUACAAUCCGGAUGUGUGGCCACUGUCGUUCGGACUACUGCAGAACUGCACCAGCUAAGCAUUAUGUAGCUGUACAACAUAAAGGUUACUGAAUUUCAGCAUACACCCUCACCUGGCAGGGAGACGUGAGCUCCGGAACACCCAACACACCCCGAGCGUAUGAUCGCAUCAGUAAACAAAAAACAAACAUUUGUCCCCCCCCCUCCUUGACUAUCUAAUACAAGUACAAGCAGCAGGCAAUUAAUUCACGGUGCUUGUUUUUCUUUUCUUCUAUUCCCCCCCCUUUUUUAAUCUAGUUCUACAGGCACCAAGUAAAGCUGCAAUAGAUAGUAAUGAGAGCCAAGAUAACAAUAACACCUUACAAGUGUGAGCAGGGGGUCUGGUGCAAAAAAAACCUGCCCCGUUACCUCUUGCAUGCAAGGGAGGCUUUGAUGAAUUCCACUAUUGUGGUUCAUUGCAACCUCAGGCUGCUCAAUGAAAUAUAAAAGAGCCUCUUGUUCGCGAUGGAAACACUUAACCCCGGAGUCUCCAGAAGAAGGCUCCGCACAACUUCAGCACACACACUGAAGCACCGACUAUGGAACAUUGCAUUGGUAGUGAUGUUAGCGUAGUUUGUUUUUUGCCUCUCUCUUAUUUUCGUCCCCACCCCCCCUUGCGUAUAAAAUGGUGUGACAUUUUAAUAGCAGCUUAGAAAUUUUAUUUUUGCUGUCAUGAUUAGCCAAAACAAAAGUAGGUUUAGGUAGAGGUAAAAAAAAAAAAAAAAAAAAAGCCCUUUUGUCGGCUUUGACAUUUACGCAUGAUAAAAUGAAUAUAAAGAUAAAAAAAUAUCUAUUGAAAUGGCUUUGUUUGUAAUUUUUCCUUCUGUUUAUAUGAAUAUAUGCUUUGUAUCGUAGAAGUGUAACUAAUGAGUAGAUGACCGUUUACAGCGUCAAUGUUUAAUACGAGCCUUGCUUAUUUUGUAGUUGGUUGUACAGAUGUACAUUUGUAACUUUUGCUGUACAUGUCACGUGUUCUACCUCCCCGUCGGGGAUGGGGGGGGUCGAAAUAUUUUGCAUUUUAGUGUACAUUUGGGUGUCCCUAUUUUGCCUUGGCGAAUAGUGUUGUAUAAUGUAAAUUUCUUUUCUCUAAAUCAAGUUGUUGUUUUUUUUUUUUUUUUUUUUUUUAAACCAGCCUUUAUACAGCUUCGUAAAAUAUAUAAAUAUAUAAAUACCAGCUAUCUAUUUAUCUACCGCUGAAAAAAAAAACUGUUCUUGUUUAUAUACCACGGCUGUAAUAUGUUAAUAGAAAUCAGUGCAGUACAUUUUGCAUAGAUAAAUGAAACGAGUAUGAUAUUUAUAUUAUAAUAUAAAUUUCUUUCUCACCUGGGAAAUUCUCGGAAAAAGACCGGCGGCUUGCUUUGUAUAAAAGUACUGUAUUUUUGAUUAGCCUGCUCAAAAAAGCCAGGAGGAAAAAAAAAAUGUAUGUAAAUUCUUGUCCAUUUUGGUGAACAUACAACCCUGUAACGAUAACCUAUAGAUGGUGUACAUUUACAAGCGGCCUUAUGUACAUUUCCCAAUGAUCUUUUUAAAGGCAGAAUUGUGACCACAUGUGUAUAAUUAAAAUACUUUUUAAUCCUUUCA